AGUGCGAUGAUACUUUGUAGACAUAAGUGAUGAUGUUUUGUCAUAAACAGGAGUAAAGCUGUCAAGCAUGACAGAAUCUGUGAAGUUCACAUUCAAACGAAGAUCAGAGAAACCCAAACUAUUAAAGACUAAACAGAAAGAUGAAUCUGAGGAAACAGAGUAUAUAUCAAGUAGUGCUGCAUUAUCUACCCACGUUAGUAAAAAGAAGAAAGAAAAGCUUGUUAUUCAUGGCUCUAAGAACUUGUGGCAACCUGGAAAUGUUCAAGUAGAUGACAUAACAAAAGAGGCAAUUAACCAAAUACUUAGUGAUCCAAAUAGUGUAGCAGAAAAAGAGAAGAAACAAAUAGAAGGAUCAGCAAAUGCAAAUGACAAAUCUUCACUUAAAUUCCCUGGUGUUAUACCACAGGAGGACUCUACUCUUGAUGAUUAUAACGAUGUUCCAAUUACUGAUUUUGGGGAAGCAUUAAUGAGAGGUAUGGGUUGGGAAAAGGGAAAAGGAGUUGGACGUAAUCGCAAGAUUGUAGAGCCAGUAGAUUUUGCAACUAAGAAGAGAACUCUUGGCGUGACAGUGCAUGAAGAAGAGGCUGCUGAAGCUGAAAAAUUAUUUCACGACUUCAAUUUGGGUGAUUAUAUUGAAAUAAUUGGUGGACAAAAUAAAGGUGAACAUGCCAAAAUAUUGUCACUUUCAUUAGAAACUUCAAGGUGCAUUGUCAGAGUUCCAUCUGAAGAAAUGGUUGAUUUAGCCAUCAUCAACAUCAAGGCAGGUUCUAGGGAAGAAUACUUGAAACAGCGUGAUCAAAGUCAAAAAGAUGAUACUGAUGUGUUUGUUGCUCCCGCAGCUAAAAGACACAAAUCUGAUAAAAAGGUGGUGACACCAUCUCAAAAUGGAUCCUCCAAUGAGAUGAGCAGUAGAAAUGCUUGGUUACAUACAGAUUUAAAAGUUAGAGUCGUCAGUCAAGACUUUUCUGAAGGGAAAUAUUAUUGUAAAAAACUAGACAUUGUUGAUAUCAUUGAUCCUUGGACUUGUAUAUGUCGCACAGAACGGGGAAAACUAUUAGAAAACGUACCUCAGUCUAUUCUAGAAACUGUUAUACCAAAGAAAAAAGGUACCUUAGUAAUGCUCUUAUCGAAAAAGAAUCGUUUUGAGUUAGCUGAACUUGAAGAAAAAGAUUCUAAAACUGGUUCAGUUAUCUGUGUGACAUUGAUUGAAAAAGAUGUUGUAUCUGCUUCGUAUGACGAGGUUUGUCAAUUUGUGGGGGAUGCUUAUAGGUAACAGCAAAAUUAUUCAGGUGUUGUAAAUGACCUAUUUAAAAUUCAAAGCUGUGCUUUAACUGUAUUAUAUUUAAAUGACUUAUUUAUAUUUUAUAAUCGUGCCAUGUUUCUGAUUGAAGCUAAAUUAUUCAGUAUAAUUAAACAAAAUUUAUCAACCAAGCCUGCGUCAAUAAUUUUCUAGACAGAACUUUCAACUUAUAACAGUGAUUCAGCAUUCAGUUCACUUUAUGUAUCAAAGUUCAACUUGUUUUUACCAGAUUAAUGAUUCAAACCACAAAAUUCAUUAAUAAAGAGGCAUAAUUAUUCUUUGCUCUUAGAUGCGAAAACAUGAACAUUCAUUUGUGUUUCGACAUUUAAAAAAAAAACACAACUUUUGACAAUUCAAAUAUGUUUGUAUUAUAUUAUUUAGAAAGUUGUUUAUUGGUAACUGUUAACAUUCACAUUA